AUGCAUCCCCUCGCGAGGGCGUUGCAGCUGCAGCACACCCGUUGCGAGGUCUAUCAUCUCUGGGACGCCAAGUUUCAUCUUGCGCUCUCCGGUGCACUGAGCGCGGCGGAACUGCGAGGGAUCCUCAACGACACCAUCGUCACUGCCUUCCAGCAGGUGAGCUCUUCGCUGCGCCAGCUGCAGGACGCACUCCGGGAAGAGGCGCGGGCGGAAGCGGAAGCGGACGAUGACGACGAAGACGACGCUGUGCCGCAGUUUUUAGACGCAUGGAUCGAUCGAGUCCAGCGCAUUGAGCAGAAGCACUACCACGCCUCCGUUUGCCUGUCGCAGCGCAUUGCGGAGCACUGUGCUGCCGUGCCGCUCACGCAGCCUGCCACACAGGAGACGGCCACGACGUGCGAGGCGCCAAAGGAUGCUGCGCAGGGCGGUGGCGUGAAGACGGACCCCACGGAGCCUCGUGGUACGUGCGCGAGCCUGCAUGACGCGGAGCUGUGCUUGCUGCGCCAGCUGGUGCCUGUGACGGCUCAAAGGGCGUUUACGUUUGUCUCGUGCCGUGAUGCCUCUUCCCUCUCCUCCGAUGACGACGAUGCUGCGCAAAACGAGGAGGUGACGGAGCACGAGGCGGAGGCGGAGGAGUCUGUUGCGCUGCCGUCUGGCGCCACGGCGGCGUACGCCCCGCGGAGGGUGCGGCGGCACUGCCUGACUUUCAACGAGGCCGUGCUGCCGCUCUGGAGGGAAAAGCAGCGUCUAAUGCGGCAGCUGCAGGAAUGGACGGAGGAGCUGCAGGCAGAGCUGGCCAGCGUGGCCACGUCCGCGUGA